CACCAUGUUGUUGUAAAUGGUCGUUCGCCAUGUUGGAGUCUCCCCAAUAAAUGAACGAAUAUCCCGGAAUAAUCGCGUUUGAAUAAAUAAAAACCGGUCGUGAAACCUCGCGUAGAUAAUACUCGUUGUAUUCCCGUUAUUUACCGCCUCUCAGAUCAGGUAAAUGCGUUAAUAGUGAGACAAAUAGGCAGGCAUGAUCUCUUGGUGAACCUCCAAGCCCUCUUUGGCUGUUAGUUUCCCCUAAAUAAGGAUGUCCGUACACUACAGGUUUAAGUCUACUCUAGAGUAUGACACGAUCACUUUCGACGGCUUACACAUAUCAGUGAAAGACCUAAAAAACGCCAUAAUACAGCAAAAACGCAUCGGCAAAAGCACAGACUUUGAUUUGAGAAUUACCAAUGCCCAAACACAAGAAGUAUAUGAAGAUGAGAAUGCCCUUAUUGCCAAAAACACCUCCCUACUGAUUGCCCGAAUACCAGUGGUAGCCCCUAAGCAGCGUCAGUGGGAGGGUUAUGGGGGCAAUGACACUCCACCAACAAAGGUGGAUGACAGCGGUCCCAUUGGGAAAGCCACAGAUCUCGCUAAUCUUGAUGCUUCCGAGGAUGAUAAGAUUAAGGCUAUGAUGAGCCAGAGCACCCAGGAUUAUGAUCCUAGCAAUUAUUUAAAAAUUCGUGGGGCAAAUCAAGUGGGACCAGUGCCAGCCAGUUACAGAUGCUACAAGUGCCAUCAAUGCGGGCACUGGAUCAAGGAUUGUCCUUUGGGGCAACAAACAGAAUCAGUAGAAAUCAAAAAGUCCACAGGAAUUCCCCAAAGUUUCAUGAUUCCAGUGAAAGGGCCAGAGGUGCCAGGGGCCAUGAUGAUGUCCAAUGGUACUUAUGCAGUUCCCGCUCUGGACUUGCAGGCUUUAAAUCAGAAAAGUGCCCCGCCGGUUCAGGAGGUGAAGCCCGAGAUUCCCGAGGAUCUGUUGUGUUCUAUUUGUUCGGAUUUGUUGGCUGAUGCUGUUAUGAUUCCUUGUUGUGGUAAUUCCUUUUGUGACGAAUGCAUCAGGAGCGUUUUACUGGAAAGCGAAGACCACGAGUGUCCGGAUUGCCACGAAAAAGGCAUUUCGCCAGCAACACUGAUCCCCAACAGAUUUUUAAGGAAAUCCGUGGCCAACUUUAAAAACACCACUGGCUACGAAAAGAAGCCAAUUUACAGACCCAAGCCUGAAAUACCGAAGGAGGAACCCAAGAAGGAGCCCACACCGCCUCCGGUUCUGGCAGAUUCUACCGCUCCGGCCAAAGAAGAACAGAAAACGGUUAUUUCUGAGGCGGAUUCUACUGAGCCAAAGCAGGAGAAGAAUGUGAAAUCCUCUUCGCCGAAAGUAGAAGAAGAUGGUCCACCGGGAGUAUCUCCGGGCGCGUCUCCUUUACGUAAGAUCACCACCAUGGUGUCCCAAGGGACUAAGGAUUCGCAUAAGGACUACCAUCGUAAGGCUAGGAAGCGCAGUAAGUCACGGAGUAAGUCGAACUCUAGGAGCAGGAGUUUCUCGCCGAAAAAGCGCAGUAAGAAGCGCUCCAGGUCCCCUGGAUCACCUGGAUUUCAACGACGUACCCCGGAGCGCAGACGCAGCCCAAAAGUCGAAGAAGGGAGUCGCGGAAACGGAUAUCGUCACUCGCCCAACAGCGAUUCCUAUUCGGGGCCACCCUCUGACGUCAGACGUGGUGGGAUCCCCAUGGGGGGUCCGCCAGUGGGGAUGCCGCCCGGCGGUUUCCCGCCCGGUCAGCCGCCCCCGUUCCACGUGGGAGCUCCGCCCCCCAAUUUCAGAAUGCCGCCGCCCGGGGGUCAGCCGCCGCCCUUUAUGCCUCCCGGGCCUUAUGCCGUCCCUCCCAGGACCGUAUUUGAUCCAAUGGCGGGUCCACCGGGUGCCUACGGACCUGGAUAUGCUGGUAGGCCGCCGCGGGAUUACGGUCGACGGGGCAGAGAAAGGACUCCGCCAGGGGUCAUCGAUGACCCCCUGGCGGCCUUCAACCGCAUUCUAAGAGAAAAGGACGAGAAACGUGCGCGACAACAGGCGCGUUUGGCGGCCGCGCGACGCAGCUGGAGCCGCAGCCGUAGCAGAAGUUUCAGCAGGUCGCCGCCCCCGAGGAGUCCCGGGAGGCGGCGCAGGGCGGGCAGCAGGAGUCCCCGGAGACGGCACUCGAGGAGCCGAAGUCCGUUCACCAUGAGCCGGUCGCGUUCUCGAUCGUUCUCCUUAAGCCCGAGGGGGUCGUCGCCGCCGCCGCCGCCCUCGAUGAGACGCUCCUCCCCGCCGCCGACGGCGCAGGGGCGGCGCGGCGCGGGGCGGUUCCGUUCGCCAGUCAGAUCGCCGCCACCAAGACGUCGUACCGAACGCGAGUACGAUCGCGCCGGCUCGUACCGCGAAAAGACGCGGACGGGCGGCAUGAGACGCGACGGCAGCCGGGAGCGGUUCUACGACGAGCGAGAGGGCGGCAGAGACUACGAGCGUGGGCGGACGAGUGGGCGUGGCGCGCCGCCCCCGCAACCGGUGCAGGCCGGCGGCGGUCAGGUGCCGUGGCCGCCGGCGGUCGUCAGGGAGCCGUACUUCCCGCCCCAGGACGCCUCCCAGCCGCCCAUCAGCUAUCAGAACAGGUUCCCAACACAAAUCCACCACAUCCAACCGCAAACGAACUACACGAAAAUCUCCGUGGGGGCGGUCGAACAGCCGCCCGUGCCCGGCUUAGAAAGCGAACUGCCGCCCCCGCCCAACGAGUUCGAAAAGAGACGAACUCCCGAGCGGUCCAAAGAGAAGGAGCGAGACAGACGCACUCCCGCCAAAGAGCGAAAGAGAACGGAGGGGCGAGUGCGGUCGCGUACCCGCACCCCCGAGCGGAAACGCGAGGAGGCGUCGGGGGGAACGCCCGAGAGACCCCGGAAGAGGCGGAACUCCGAGGACGAGAAAAAGAAGCACUCCGAAGACGAGAAGAGAAAGAGCAAAGAUAAGAAGAAGCAUAAAGAGAAAAGGGAUGAAAAGCGCAAGAAAAAAGAUAAAAGAGAGAGGCACCAUAAGGGAAAAGAUAAGAGCAAAAAGGAGGAGUUUAAGCAGGUGAUUCCGAAACGCGAGGGGGACGGUGAGGAGUCCGAGGAGAUGCGCAAGAAGAUUGAGGAGCGUAAGAAGAAACGCGAGGAGGAGGAGCAGCGCAGGGUGCAAGAGGAGCGCAAAAAAGAGGAGCGACGCCUGAGGUUUAUAGAAGACGAGAAGAAGAAGCGAGAGGAGGAGGCUCGCAAGGAAGAAGCGAAGAAGAAAGCCAUCGAAGAGGCGAGACGGCUGUUAGAAGAAGAGGAGCGCCAAAAGGCCUUGGACGCAGAGGAGCGCAAAAAGCAAGAGGAGCUAGACUUCGAAAAACACUUCCAAGAACAACUGAAACAUGAGGAAGAACUUUUACCGAGCCUCUAUGAUGAGGUGAUCCCCCAGGAAGAACACGCCAAAGAAAUCUCAGAGAUUUACCAUCCGGAAGAUGGCGCUGACCCCGAUAAACCUCUCGACCCCAACGUCCUCGAGCUCCACUCCGACCUUAAACUAGACGAGAGCGACAUCUUGGCCCCGCUACCGGAAAAAUCCAAAUGGGAAGAAGACGAGGAGGGUCAACUGCAGCAGAGCCCAGUGGACCCCAAAGAACCCCAAUUAAAAUCAAACAAAGUCUCCAACGAGGUGCUGAAAAGGGCGGAGAAUGUGAUUUUCGCACGCGCCAUCAGCUCCAUCAAACCCUUAGAGGCGAAAAAGGGGGCGGAAGAGAAAAAGGAGCCGCCCCAAGAACCGAAGCCGCGCAUCUCGGUGAAACAGCGUUUGGGUAAAAAAGUCGAUGACCCCGAUCCGAGUGUGAUUCUACUGGACAGACGCACCCCUUCGCCGUUUAACAGACGAAGAAUCGAAGUGGACGAGUCGAGACGCAGAGAGAGAAGAAACGCGGAAAAACACAAGAGCCAGAGCGAGAAAAGUGAGAAGAAGAAGAGCGGUCGGGACGGCGGUAAACACGAGGAGAAGAGCAAAGAGAAGCGCAAAAGAGCCCAAACACCCGCGAGCGACAGUGACGAGCCGAAGAAGAGACGCAAAGACAAAAAAGAGAAACCCAAAAAGGACAAACCGAAGAAACACGAGGAGGAGGAGGAGGAAGAAGACCACAAGAAACCGGAAACGGAAAAACCGAAAACGAUCGACAAAAGAAAGCCGACUUUGGACGAGGCGAACUUUGAACCAGACUAUGACCUCGAACUGCACGACGAUGAAACGAGCGAGAUCGAUAAGGAAACCGGCGGAAGCAAGAGAGAGACGAAAAAAUCGGUGACAGAAGAGGACAGCAGCAGUUCCGAGUCGUCUAGUUCCAGUUCGGAAGAGGAGCGCAGACGAAGGAAACGGAAGGCGCGCAAGAAGAAGAAGAAGAGAGAGAGUAGCAGCAGCGAAUCGGAGUCGAGUAGCGAGUCGAGUGACUCGGACCGCAAGAGGAAGAAACAUAAGAAGACGAAGAAGAAGAAGAAGAGGGCAAGGCACAAGUGACGUUAGAGAGUGAGUCAUGUAUAUAGCUUUAAUAAGUGAACGUAAUUGAUUUAAUAUUGUGUUUUUUUUUGGGCAAUUUUUGACUUUGUUAUUAUAAGUGUUGUACAUAGGGCUAUUCAUUAGUAUGCGCGCAUAUAACUUUAUAUGUAUAAAUGGGCAAGUAAAUAAAUGUAGUAACAAUUUAAA